AGAGACAUGAGACUAGGAAAAGAAACAGUUAAUUCUGUUUAGCUACGAAAUACCCUUUUCAGAAUGGAGCUCUCAGUUCACUCUUUAACGUUUGCAUCCUACUCCAAGACAUUUGGAGACUCCUGGCCAAAAGUCCAGAGUGUGCUAGACUAUAGAGUCUGUUCUUUAAUUGAUGCGAAAUCAAAAGAACAUAGGAGAAAAUUAUCCAUACUAUCUUCUGCACUGCCAGAAACAGCUGCUUCUGUGGCAAUUGCUGCAACAGUUGUGGGUGCAGCUGCUACAUUCCUUGUUAGGAGAACUAAAUCUUCUGAUGCAACUGAGGUUCCCUUGAGACCAUGUGAAGAUUGUGAGGGUUCUGGGAUAUGUUCAGAGUGUAAAGGUGAAGGCUUUGUAUUGAAGAAAAUGUCAGAAGAUAGUGCAGAAAAGGCAAGAAUGACUGCAAAGAACAUGGCCACUCGAUACACAGCUGGGCUUCCCAAGAAAUGGAGCUAUUGCACGAGGUGUUCUUCUUCCCGGUCUUGUAGUACUUGUGGAGGCAGUGGAAAGUUAAGCUACUAACCAUUUUGCUGCUUCAGACAAUGUUGUUCUUGCCCACAAUUUUGCUGCUCCAUGGAAGGAUAGUAUCAAAUUUUGCCUAAGAAUAUGAGUGAGCUGACUCUUUUAUAUGUCUAUAAAUUGAUGGAUGAUAUAAAUAAUAUUGUCUCUUUCAAAGAUCAUA